CGUCCCAUUUAUUCUUAUAUGGACUUGAUCAAAAUGGCAUUAAGCGACUCUGAGGUUGGAGAGAUGACACUCAAAGAAAUUCUCAAAUGGAUUGAGGAUCACUUUCCUUACUUCAAGAUCAGAGCCAAGAAAAGCUGGAAGGUUAUUGAUGUAUUUGUUAGACUGUUUGGUUUAAAGAUUCACUGAUUAAUGUUUGGUCUGAGACCAUCCAUUUUAACCUUGUGUUUGGUCAGAGCUCUACCACUUCAAAUUCAACCUCUGAUCACUUUAUUCAAAGAUUUUUCUGCUUUAAAAAAAAAUUCAAUUUUUAUUUUUUCAUUUGUAUAGUGUUAAAAUGAGACAAUCUGUAUUGAUAUAUUUGGUUACUGAGCUGAAUGGCUUAAACUUUCAUCUAUUGUUAUAUUUACUUGCACAGAGCUCAAUACGACACAACCUUUCUUUGCACCCCGAUUUUAUCAAAGUGGAGGACAAGAAGCAUGCUGGGAAAUGGAAGGUUGUCACUGAU